AUGCGAGAUAGUGAUGUUUAUGAACGUGAAAAUACGGUGCUUGGGGUGACAAUUACAGAUGAAAUGGUUUCUGAUUCAACAUUAUUCCAAAAGAGGUGCCACAACGGCACUCUACUGCCACAACCUCAUAGUGGAAAGUUCACGCAGUUGCAUCACAGCCCAAAUUCUGCUUAG